UAUUACUAACCAUAUAGGUUAGUGUUAGAAUUAAGGAAAGAAACAUGGUUUGAGGGUUGUGAUUUGAUCGUAGAAUCAAGCCUUUGACCCUAUCUCUAAGAUUAUUUCCUAUUCUAACUAUUGUAAUAGCUAUAUAAGAAUCAUAUAAUAAAAGAUAAAAAUAUAGAGUUUUUUACAUUUACAACAUGGUAUCAGAGUAGUGAACGGUUCUAGUGACCGAGUCAUAACUCAUCAUCUACCGUUUAAUUCCAUGAGCGAAGCACAGAACACUGUCGGAGAUCUGGCAGAGUCAGAGGAAACACAAACACCUGAAAACCUGUCAAACCAAUUGAUAACUCUCCUUAAACAUAUUACUUCCACCCAAAUAAAUACCCGUCAAACCGAAAGUAGUAGCCCACAACAUAUUUCAAUCAGUGUAAAACUGAAUGAUUUCAACUACGCACUUUGGGCCCAGUUAAUGCGGAUGGCUAUCGAAGGGAGAAACCACCUACAUCACAUCACCGGAAACCCAGCACCAUUGGAGAAACAGAACAUUGCAUACACAAAAUGGGAGCAAGCAGAUCUCAACGCCUGCUCUUGGAUCAUCAACAACAUUGAAGAACACUUGGUUAAUAAUUAUGUUGAGUAUCCGACAGCAAAAGCCUUGUGGGAAGGCUUGGCAGAAACAUAUGACAGUGGGAGAGAUUCCUUUCAACUGUUUGAUUUAACAGUACAGGCGAACAAUCAAAAACAAGGAAAGAUUCGAUGAUUGAACAGUAUUACAGUAAUUUGCAGAGAAUUUGGAGAGAAAUUGAUUGAAGACAACCCAAUCCUAUGGUUUCUCCACUAGAUAUAACAACGUUCAACCGUCUCCGGCAAGAGGAAUGAUUGUUCCAAUUUUUGGCUGGCUUGAACGAUCGCUUUGAUUCCGACCGAAAAUACCUCCUCAGAGAAGCACCUUUCCCAACAGUUGAAAAAGCCUGUGCAAAUAUUCAAAGGGAGGCAGGCCGAUUGGGAAUCAUAAGCGGGACAUAAAUUGGAGGCCAACUGUCACCGGGAGAAUCUCCCUCAGGUGUUGGCAGUGGGUUGGUGGCAAAAUUCCAGUCAGAUACGCCCAAAACAGUGGCAAAAUCAUCACCACAGAUGAAGGCGAUAGACAAAUCGCGACUCAAGUGCUCACACUAUGGAGGAAGCAAACACACCAAGGAGGGUUGGUUCAAGCUUAUUGGAUAUCCCGAGUGGUGGCCAGGGAACAGGAAGUACGGCACUAAGGUCGCAACUGCAGUGGGUAUACAGGGUGCUGCUGGCGGCGACGACAAUGACUAGCAUCAAGGCUUUGCAGCCAUUGCAGCCACUCAGCAAGCAGGGCAAGGGGACAAAAACCAAGGCGCCAAGGUCGCUACUGCUGUGGGUAACCCAGCAGCGACGGCAACGAUCGGCACUAGUUCUGUGCAACCACCACCGCCGCUCAAGAAGGGUCGCGAGAGGACAAAAAGGAACGGAUUGCAGGAUAUCAGGACAGGGAAUAUUAUUGGGCAUGGCACUGAAUGAGGCGGACUCUACUAUGUUGACGAGGUGGCUCAUCAGGGGAUCACAAUGCUAGCUCAUGGGACAAUUGACCUACAGGCUUAGUUGUGGCACCGACGAUUGGGACACCCCUCGACCAGUUAUUUAAAACUUCUAUUUCCUCAAAUUUUUAAUAAUCAGAGUCAUUUUUCAUGUGAGACUUGUUUGUUAGCUAAGAGUCAUAGACAAACUUUUCAUCCUAGUACUACCAGGAACUCUACUAUCUUUACUCUAGUUCAUUCUGAUGUUUGGGGUCCUACCCCGGAUUCUGCAAACAGUAUUUUUCGAUAUUUCCUUCUUUUUAUAGAUGAUUGCACUCGUAUGACUUGAGUGUAUUUUU